AUGCAUGCUUAUGUUACCGAUAGUAGUACCAUUGGUUUCCAUUACAAAACUAACUUAUGCAUGCUUAUGUUACCGAUAGUAGUACCAUUGGUACCAUUGGAUGGAUGUGAAACAACCUAUAAUUCGGAUGGUAACUUAGAAAAUGCAAUCAUCAUUCAGGAAAAUCCCUUAUUUGUGGAUGAAAAUGAUAAGAAAUAUCUGUUAACAUGCGUUCCGGCAUUUCCAGCAACACUCGGUUCCAUAUCAGAAACUGUUAAUUUUGGUGGUAUCACAGUGGAUAGUAAAACUAUUACUGCAACAACAAUCAGUGCGACAGGUAUUGCUGAUCAACAUGUAGAGUACAAAGUUGAACUUCAUAAAGUGAAUUUGAAUGGUACCCUACAACCAAUCAAUGGUCCAAUUUAUGUUGGCGAUGAUAUUGCUUACAUUAUUCGAGUUAAUUCAUUAGCGACAGAUGCAAGAAUUGGACAUUGUUGGGCACGUGAUGCACAAUCAACGUUACAACUUUCUGAUGAUAAUGGUUGCAGCAUACAACUUGUCGGUAACGUAUGGAAUCAUUUUCAACGUCAACAACACGAUAACAAUAUCAUUUUCAUGAAUCAAAUUAAGGCAUGGGCAUUUCCGACAAGCAAUGAUGUGAACAUAUUUUGUAAUUUGCAUACGUGUCGUAUCACGUGUCAUCAUGUAUCCUGUAAUAAGCAAAGAAAGCGACGAAACGUUAUGAUAUAUGAUAAUGCUGAUAAUAAUGAGAUUCAUAUUAUAAGAACCAAUUUUCAUGUUCAAAAUAGAAGCAAAACAAUAGCAGAAUGUGAUGAAAAAAAGGUUUGCUUAUGA